AUGGAGAACAAAGAGGCAAAAAUCCCUCUGUCCACCCCACCCCAGGAGGGGCAGCUUCAGCCCACACUGGUGCUGGCAACACUCAGCGCAGCCUUUGGCUCGGCCUUCCAGUAUGGCUACAACAUCGCUGUGGUCAACACGCCACACAAGGUCUUGAAGUCAUUUUAUAACAAAACCUAUUUUGAGUGACACGGAACAUUCAUGGAUGAGAAGGUCAUGCUGCUUCUGUGGUCUUACACCGUAUCCAUGUUUCCUCUGGGCAGCUUGUUGGGGUCAUUGGUUGUUGGCCUGCUGGUUUAUAAGUGUGGCAGAAAGGGAACUCUGCUGAUCAACGUCUUCACCAUUGUCCCCUCCGUCCUGAUGGGAGUCAGCAAAGUGGCCCAGGCUUUUGAGCUGAUCAUCUUUUCUCGAGUGGUGCUGGGAGUCUGUGCAGGUAUCUGGGGUGACAGCUGAAGCCUCAGUGCUCUUCCCAUGUACCUGGGAGAAAUGGCUCCCAAGAACCUAAGGGGCACAUUAGCACCAAUGACUGAGGUUUUCGUCAUCUUUGGAGUCUUUCUAGCACAGAUCUUCAGCCUCCAGGCUGUCCUGGGCCACCCUACAGGUAACGCCUGGUGUGGGUUCCUUCUCUUGGCACUCAUGGGGGCCCCGGCGCUGCCGCAGCUCCUGUCGCUGCUCUUCCCCGAGAGCCCCUGCUAUAGCCCGAUUCAGAAAGGGGACGAAGCCGCUGCCCGUCAAGCUCUGUGGCAGCUGCGUGGCCGCGGGGCGGAGGCCGAGGUGGAGGACGUGCGGGCGCAGGAGGUGGCCGAGCGCGCCGAGGGUCACCUCGUGCUCAGCCUGUUCGCGUUCCAGCCCCUGCGCUGGCAGCUCGUCUCCAUCGUCGUGCUCAUGUCGGGGCAGCAGCUGUCCGGGAUCAACGCGAUCAACUACUAUGCAGACACCGUCUACACAUCCGCUGGCGUGGAGGCCACUGACUCCCAGUAUGUAACAGUGGGAGCUGGCGUGGUCAACAUAGUGAUGACCGUCAUCUCGGCAGCGGGAGCAAGAUGGGGACACCUGAGCAGGGCGGGGACGCCUGAGCAGGGCGGGCUGUGCAGGCUCCGGGGGCUCCUCACAGUCGCGCUCCUCUCCAGGCUGGCGUCGUGGAGCGGCUGCGGCGUCUGUGACUCUGCCUGCCUGGUGCUGACCGCCGCGAUCCUCUUCCAGAACACGGUCCCUGAGCUGUCUUACCUUGGUGUCAUCUGUGUCUUCACCUACAUCGCAGGACAUUCCACUGGGCCCAGUCCCGUCCCCUCGGUGGUGAGGACGGAGAUCUUCCUGCAGUCCUCCCGGCCGGCCGCGUUCAUGGUGGACGGGGCAGUGCCCUGGCUCUCCAGCUUCAUCGUGGGCUUCGUGUUCCCGUCCAUCCAGGAGGGCAUUUGGGCCUACAGUUUCAUCAUCUUUGCUGCAAUCUGCCUCCUCACGGCUGUCUACAUCUACAUAGUGAUUCCUCAGACCAAGGGCAGAACAUUUGUGGAGAUAAACUGCAUUUUUGCAAAGAGAAACAAGGUGGAGAUUCCAGAGAAGACAGAAGAAAACACUGACGCUGGGCCUCACGUACCGUCUACGCCUGCCGAGGAAACUUCCUUUUAA